AUGGCCUACGGAGGGAAGAUGACAAAAAACAAGCAUGAGAUGACACCCUUGCUCACAGCGGCUGAAAAUAUCCGAGACGAUGUCGUUCACUUAAUAAUACAGCGACCCGAAAUCAGCAAAGAAGAACGCAUUGAGGCCCUGGAGCUCCUUGGUGCCUCGUUUGCCAACAGCAACAGAGACGAAUAUGAACCCUCAUUACCUCUUGCCUACCUCUAUCUCAAACAGGCAAUGGAAGAACGCAUGGGUGAUUCUAGCAAGCAUGCUAAUCUCACUUCGUAUUUUAUUCCUAUUGAAAAGCCUCACAUUGAGCCGAUUGCAGCAUAUGACUUCCACCGGGAAUCGAGAACCUUAGAAGAUUUGGAGAAAAUCCAGUUCGAUACAGAUGCUCUAAACAUGGAGAGCCUGGUGAUUCGGGAGCGGAUUCUCGGUUCAGAAAACCCAGACCUCAUAUUUCCCAUUCUCUACCGAGGUGCGGUGUGCGCAGACAAGAAGCAAUUUCAACGAUGUAUUGCAUUGUGGACCCACGCCAUGAAUCUAAAACAGAACAGCCGCAGGUCUGUGAAGGAGGACCUCUUCCGCCUGGCGGGAUUGUUCACUGAUAUGCUUCAUGAGGAAGUGGAGUUGAGUCCUAAUCACGUUAUUAGCGUCCUCUCGUCGGGUGCCGAAGAACUCGAGCGCAAUCACCAGCAACUGAGCUCACUGGCUUCAGAUGACGAGGAUAUUGACGAGGCCAUGGAGGAGAUGGAGAGCAACAUGCACUCUGUGUUGUACCUGUUAGUGAUGGCAGGUCAAUUGAAGCUACCAGAAGGGGAUGACAAUAUCCGGCAAAUCAUUUCUCACCUCAAUCGCAUCCCAUUGAAGACAAGACACGGGCGAAGUCUACUUCAUUUGGCUUGCUGGGCCUCGACUCCAGUCCCCGAUGAUUACACUUACUUUAGCGAUGUCUGCCGAUUUCCAUGCGAUAGGACUGCUCGACUGCUGAUUGAGUGCGGCGCUGACGUGAAUGCUGUGGAUGCAGAUGGCAAAACACCAUUCGAAACACGUCAGCAGAUGUAA